AUGGAAGAUAGCUCAAAGAAUUUAUCCAAAAGUAGCAGAGAGAGAGAGAGAGACCUCUGGGCGGGCCGCCCCGCGGACGGAGCCCUCCGGAAGUCGCUGUGCGCCGCCACGAGAUCAGAUUCCUCCGCCGAGCGCAGCGCCGGGUCCCCCGGCUUCGCCCUUGUCUGCACCAGACUUGCUCCUCUCCCCGCCGCCCGCCGGCAACAGGUCUUCCGGCUGCCGCUUCUCCGGCCGAUACUGCCGGCGACCUGCCCGCCGGCGCUCGGGCCUAGGCCUGGCCUGGUCCGCGGAGGCCGCCGCACGCCGCCGGCGGAACCUGGCCCCGAGCCCGCCACGCACUUCCGGCGACGCCAGGCGGGGACUGAGGCGGGCGGGGCGCGGCGCGGCGGCAAACGAUGUCCUGCGCAGGGAGAACACCAGCUCAUGGGCCAGGUGCGUCGCCUGCUGUGCGAGAAAGCCAACCUGCUGGCCCAGGUGCAGCCGCCGGCCUGCCCGGGGGCCCUUCCCGAAACAUUUAAACGCGACUCCGCCCGGCUGCCCGUUUUCUUGAUGCAGGCGGCUUCUUAUAUGAGGCUCUUCGAAGCCAGAUUCUCCAGCGACACCCUGAAGGUGGCAUUUCUAAUCAGUCGCCUCGCUGGGCCUGCAGAGGAGUGGGUAGUCCCCUACAUCAGGGAGAGCCCCAUCCUAGCUCAAUACGAGGGCUUCGUGGACGCGCUGAAGCGGGCCUUUUGUAGAAAACAACGGGGCCGGGACCCCUUGUGUUGGGAGGGACGGCCUCCAGCCCCUGCGCUCCCCACAAGCCCCGUCCUGCUUGGCUUUGGUUCACAAAGAGCUGUCCAGUUCCCAGCGGCUGCGCCCUGAGCCUGGCUAGGAAGCUUGGCGCCGCCUGUUCUUGCCAGCCCCUCGCCUUUGCCCAGCCCCGGGCCGGGGACCUCUUGGAGAUUGAGUGGACCACCCAGAGUCACGCCUUUGCCACCUGCCGACAGUUUAUAUACCUGAGGACCAUAGUAAAAACAUCGAAUUAUAUUUUUGCGGGAUGUGAUUAAAGACAGGUUAUUUUAUCAUUGCUAGUUAGCAUUACAAGAGUGUGUAAGGAAACUGGGCCCCUCAUAUACCAUACUUUGGCAGCAGAUACUACUAACAAAAUAAAUUGAACCUUGGUCCUAUUGGCUAAUAAUUUCAAAGCAGUGUUUUACCCGCAGUAAAUAAAAGUCUGCAGGUGGGGCCAGCUGAUGGUGCAGCAGUUAAGUUCACACGUUCUGCUUCGGCGGCCCUGGGUUUGCCAGUUCAGAUCCCCCGUGG